CCAAGAGCACAAAGCAGAGACAAGAGCCACCAGUCAAAACAAAAAGGGAAGCCAACAUUGAAGGACAAACACACAGAAAAGCUUUUUUACCCUUUUUGUCAAACUGAGAACUUUUUCACUGCAAGGCUCUUAGUGUUUACGUUUUUUGUUACAUUUUGCAGCAAUUUACAGCAGAUCUCAUCAUGAGGUGCUGUGCUUUAGCUGUGUGCUUAUUUUUGGGGAUAAGCAUACAGGAUGGAUGGAGCCUUCCCCUCAAGUCCGUCUUUGUCACCUUCCCGGGAGACAUCAUCAAAAACAUGACUGAUACAGAGCUGGCAGACGGUUAUCUGAAGAAGUUUGGCUACAUAGACACGCUGCACCGCAGUGGCUUCCAGUCUAUGGUGUCAACUUCCAAGGCUUUGAAGAGGAUGCAGAGGCAGAUGGGACUGGAGGAGACUGGAGAGCUGGAUAAGUCCACCCUGGAGGCCAUGAAGCGGCCUCGCUGUGGGGUGCCUGAUGUGGCCAACUACAAAACAUUUGCCGGAGACCUCAAAUGGGACCAUCAGGAGGUCACUUAUAGGGUCAUCAGCUAUACUCCCGACAUGGAGACGUCUCUGGUUGACGAUGCCUUUGCCAGAGCCUUCAAGGUGUGGAGUGAUGUGACCCCGCUGACCUUUACCCGCCUCUUUGAUGGGACGGCUGACAUCAUGAUUUCAUUUGGAAAAACCGACCACGGAGACCCAUACCCAUUCGAUGGUAAGGAUGGUCUUCUGGCUCAUGCUUAUCCCCCUGGUGAGGGUCUGCAGGGUGACGCCCACUUUGACGAUGAUGAGUACUGGACCCUGGGAACUGGACCAGCUGUGAAGACUCGCUAUGGGAAUGCUGAUGGUGCCAUGUGCAACUUCCCCUUUACUUUCGAGGGCAAAUCCUACACCACCUGUACCACCGAUGGGCGUUCGGACAACCUGCCAUGGUGCUCCACCACGGCUGACUACAGCAGAGACAAGACAUUUGGCUUCUGCCCAAGUGAACUUCUGUACACAUUUGGAGGAAACGCAGACGGAGCCGAGUGUGUCUUGCCCUUCGUCUUUAUGGGGGAGGAAUAUGACAGCUGUACCACAGAGGGCCGCAGUGACGGGUACCGCUGGUGUGCCACCACAAGCAACUUUGACAACGACAAGAAAUUUGGAUUCUGUCCCAGUCGUGAGACCGCUGUAAUUGGUGGAAAUUCUGAGGGAGAGCCCUGCCACUUCCCCUUUGUGUUCCUGGGUAAAGAGUAUGACUCCUGCACAAGUGAGGGACGAGGAGACGGCAAGUUGUGGUGCAGUACCACUGACAGCUAUGAUGAUGACAACAAAUGGGGCUUCUGUCCUGACCAGGGUUACAGUCUGUUCCUGGUGGCAGCCCAUGAGUUUGGACACGCCCUUGGCCUGGAUCACUCCAACAUCAGAGAGGCUCUCAUGUACCCCAUGUACAGCUACGUGAAAGACUUCUCCCUGCAUGAAGACGACGUUGAAGGCAUUCAAUAUCUCUAUGGACGCAGAGCAGGCCCUGAUCCCACCCCCCCUCAGCCCAACACCCCGUCCCCUACCUCCUACCCAGACCCCAAGACUGACCCUACAGAUGGACCCACAGACCCCACCACCACCACACGACCUGUGGAUCCGUCCAAAGAUGCCUGCAAGUUGACCAAAUUCGAUACCAUCACUGUGAUUGGUGGAGAACUACAUUUCUUCAACGACGGACAAUACUGGAAGAUGUCCAGCGGGACCGAAGGAGGGCUCAAGGGACCAUUUUCUAUUUCUGAGAGGUGGUCCGCUCUGCCAGCAGUCAUUGACUCUGCCUUUGAGAACCUUCUGACCAGGAAAUUGUACUUCUUCUCAGGAACACGAUUCUGGGUGUACACAGGGAAGAGUGUUCUGGGCCCCCGCGGCAUAGAGAAGCUCGGCCUCCCCGACAGCGUUCAGAAGGUGGAGGGAGCACUGCAGAGGGGGAAGGGCAAAGUGCUGCUCUUCAGUGGGGAGAACUACUGGAGGCUUGAUGUGAAGUCCCAGAAAAUUGACAAAGGGUACCCCAGAUACACAGAUGCUGUCUUUGGUGGCGUCCCCAAUGAUGCUCACGAUGUGUUCCACUACCAAGGUCACAUCUACUUCUGCCGAGACCGCUUCUACUGGCGUAUGAACUCCCGCAGGCAGGUGGAUCGUGUUGGCUAUGUAAAAUAUGACCUCCUCAAGUGCUCAGAUACUUCAGGCAAUCACUACUGAAGAGAUGAACAAACAGGGAUGAGCUGGAAAUCGUCUUUAAUGUUGUAGCACCUACUUCUCUCUCCUGUGCGGGUGUCAGGGAGAAUGUGAUACAGUAUAGCGUCUGUUGUAUGGUGUGUGUGCUUUCUGGCAUGUGAAUAAUUGGCCUUCAUUAAUGUUGGCUAAUUCUAUGACAUACAGCAUUGGCCCAAAGGAAAGCCAAGCAAAUUUUGAUGUUUGGCACUGCCUCGCCCUCAGUCUGAUAAUCUGUGAAGUGGUUUGUUUAUGGUGGUCUAAAAAUUGAGACCCAUAACCACAACUAAAUUAAUCUCAAAAGCUAUCUGGAUUCCAGAUUUGCUAAAUAAUUUCUUUAUGUCUGACAGGUUCAGACUCUAAACAGUAUUAGAUUAUUUUUGGUAUUUAUAGCAUUUUUUGUGUCAUUUUUGUGUAUUUCUGAAAAUGGCUUCAAAGCCAAUUACUUGCACUGGAAGACAAUUUAUGUCUCCUUCACUGAAAUUAUUUAUGAGAUGGAUAUGUUUCGUAUUAAAGUUUGUACUUUCAAUGCAAUAAACAUUCUGUGAGAACCACCA